AUGGGCGCGGCGGCCGUGCGCUGGCACUUGUGCGUGCUGCUCGCCCUGGGCGCGCGCGGGCGGCUGGCGGGGGGCAGCGGGCUCCCAGGAGCAGUAGAUGUGGACGAGUGCUCCGAGGGGACCGAUGACUGUCACAUCGAUGCCAUCUGCCAGAACACACCCAAGUCCUACAAGUGCCUGUGCAAGCCGGGCUACAAGGGGGAAGGCAAGCAGUGCGAGGACAUUGAUGAAUGUGAGAACGACUACUACAACGGGGGCUGUGUCCACGAGUGCAUCAACAUCCCGGGCAACUACAGGUGCACCUGCUUCGACGGCUUCAUGCUGGCACAUGAUGGACACAACUGCUUGGAUGUGGAUGAGUGUCAGGACAAUAACGGGGGCUGCCAGCAGAUCUGUGUCAACGCCAUGGGCAGCUACGAGUGUCAGUGCCACAGCGGCUUCUUCCUCAGUGACAACCAGCACACGUGCAUCCACCGCUCCAAUGAGGGUAUGAACUGCAUGAACAAAGAGCAUGGCUGUGCCCACAUCUGCCGGGAGACACCCAAAGGCGGGGUAGCCUGUGACUGCAGGCCCGGCUUUGACCUUGCCCCAAACCAGAAGGACUGCACACUAACCUGUAACUAUGGGAACGGAGGCUGCCAGCAUAGCUGUGAGGACACGGACACGGGCCCCACGUGUGGCUGCCACCAGAAGUACUCCCUGCACUCAGACGGUCGGACGUGCAUCGAGAAGGAUGAGGCUGCAAUUGAGCGCUCUCAGUUCAAUGCCACGUCAGUAGCUGAUGUGGACAAGCGGGUGAAACGGCGGCUACUCAUGGAGACGUGUGCAGUUAACAACGGAGGCUGCGACCGGACAUGCAAGGAUACGGCCACCGGUGUGCGGUGUAGCUGCCCGGUCGGAUUCACACUUCAGCCAGAUGGGAAGACAUGCAAAGACAUCAACGAGUGCCUGGCUAACAACGGGGGCUGCGACCACUUCUGCAGGAACACCGUGGGCAGCUUCGAGUGCGGCUGCCGCAAGGGCUACAAGCUGCUGACGGACGAGCGGACGUGCCAGGACAUUGAUGAGUGCUCCUUCGAGAGGACCUGCGACCACGUGUGCGUCAACUCUCCAGGCGGGUUCCAGUGCCUGUGCCACAGCGGCUACGCGCUCUAUGCAACAGCCCACUGCGGAGAUGUUGACGAGUGCAGCAUGGACAACGGGGGCUGCGAUGAGGGCUGUGUCAACACCAAGGGCAGCUACGAGUGUGUCUGCCCACCAGGGAAGCGGCUCCACUGGAACAGGAAGGAUUGCCUGGAGACGGGCAAGUGCCUCUCCCGGGCCCAGAGCACGCAGGCCCAGCUGUCAUGCAGCAAAGCGGGAGGUGUAGAACGCUGCCUUCUCUCCUGCCCAGCCCACAGCCUCUUCUUGCCAGACUCGGAAAACAGCUACGUGCUAGGCUGCGGCAGUCCAGGCCUGCAGGGCAAGGCCCCACCGAGACGCAACGGCACCAGCCCUGGCCCCGGGCCAGGCUGCUCAGACACCCCUGGCACUCCCAUCAAGCAGAAGGCCCGCUUCAAGAUCAGAGACGCCAAGUGCCACCUGAAACCUCGCAGCCAGGACCCCACCAGGGCGACAUCACAGCAGCUGCUGCUGGACAACUGCCAUGUGACAUCUGUGACCCUCAAAUGCGACUCCACCAAGAAGAGGCGCCGGGGCCGCAAGUCCCCCUCCAAGGAGGUGUCCCACAUCACGGCCGAAUUUGAAGUGGAGGCGAAGCUGGCUGAGGCCUCGGACACCUGUGACGCAGAGUGCACACGGAAGCGUGCAGAGCAGAGCCUGCAGGCUGCCAUCAAGGUUUUACGGAAGGCCAUCAGCCGGCACCAGUUCUACGUGCAGGUCUCGGACACUGAGUACGAGGUGGCCCAGCGGCUGACCAAGGCCCCCGAGGCACAGGGGACCUGUGCCACGGGCCAGGUGCUGCAGGACGACAAAUGCGUGGCCUGCAGGCCUGGCAGCUACUUCAGCGGCGAGCCCAGCCAGUGUGUGCCAUGUGCAGCAGGGACCUACCAGAAUCUGGAGGGCCAGCUCAGCUGCACCCCGUGCCCCAGCAGCGACGGGCAGGGUCUGGCCGGUGCCCGCAACGUAUCUGAAUGUGGAGGCCAGUGCCCCCCAGGAUUUUUCUCCACUGACGGCUUCAAGCCCUGCCAGGCGUGCCCCGUGGGCACAUACCAGCCAGAACCCGGGCGCACGGGUUGCUUCCCCUGCGGAGGAGGGCUGCUUACCAAGCAGGAGGGCACCAUGUCCUUCCAGGACUGUGAGACCAAAGUGCACUGCUCCCCCGGUCACUACUACAACACCAACACCCACCGCUGCAUCCGCUGCCCCGUGGGCACGUACCAGCCCGAGUUCAGCCAGAACCACUGCCUCACCUGCCCAGGCAACACGAGCACCGACUUUGACGGCUCCACCAACGUCACACACUGUAAAAACCAGCAGUGCGGUGGUGAGCUCGGCGACUACACGGGUUACAUCGAGUCCCCCAACUACCCCGGCGACUACCCUGCCAACGCUGAGUGCGUGUGGCACAUCGCACCUCCCCCGAAGCGCAGGAUCCUCAUCGUAGUCCCCGAGAUCUUCCUGCCCAUCGAGGACGAGUGUGGUGAUGCCCUGGUGAUGCGGAAGAGCGCCUCGCCCACAUCUAUCACCACCUAUGAGACCUGCCAGACCUACGAGAGGCCCAUCGCCUUCACCUCCCGCUCCCGGAAGCUCUGGAUCCAGUUCAAGUCCAAUGAAGGCAACAGUGGCAAAGGCUUCCAAGUGCCCUACGUCACCUAUGAUGAGGACUACCAGCAGCUGAUAGAGGACAUUGUCCGUGACGGGCGCCUGUAUGCCUCUGAGAACCACCAGGAGAUCCUCAAAGACAAGAAGCUGAUCAAGGCUCUAUUUGAUGUGCUGGCCCACCCCCAGAACUACUUCAAGUACACAGCCCAGGAGUCCAAGGAAAUGUUCCCACGCUCCUUCAUCAAGCUGCUGCGCUCCAAGGUGUCCCGCUUCCUGCGGCCCUACAAGUAA